AUGGCUUUCCGAAUUUCUAGACAGCAAGUCGAAGAAAUCACUUCAACACACGGUCAACUGUCAAGUCCUAAUCGCACCAGACUUCUGACCAGCCCUACCAACGCCACACUUUCGAAGACCCCCCAUACUAUCAAACAAGAGACCUCCCAUAGACCAGCACCUCGGACCUCUAAAGGCGUCAAGGAAUAUCGUCCCUCCUCAAAUCCUCACUAUCGGAUCGACACUGAUCAGGACCUUCGAGCUCCCUAUCACAACGAUACUCACCGUCCAUCCCAUUACGCCUACCAAGAACCUGAUACCCGUGACACAACUCCAAGUACUGACGGCAUGUCGGGUUUUCAUCGAAUUGGCCUGGAUUCAAAAGUCCUGAUUGAUGCUCUCAGUCAGUUGGGAAAUUACGAUGUCGCACACAUCGUCGAUCUCCCAAGGAUUGCUUUAAUUGGAGAUCAAAGUGUCGGUAAAUCAUCGCUUAUCAGCCUAUUAUCCGGGUGGUCCAUACCCAAGAAUAGUGGGUGCUGCACAAGAUGCCCUGCCAAUAUUAUAACCAAAGCAGCCGAGACUUGGUCUUGCACCAUCUCCCUUCGUCAAAAGUAUGGAUAUCGCAAAACAAAGACUGAAAUCAAGGAUCGGGAUUUUACCAAGAAUAAUCUUUUCCCAUCCUGGUUUGAGCAGGAACUGGUGGUUAAGGAAUUCAUCAAAAUCACCGACAAGGAAAAGCUAGAAGAUGCGAUGAUAUGGGCACAGAUUGCUCUGCUCAAUCAUAACCAGGACUACGAACAGUUCAUCCCAGAAAAUGGCAGCCGUUUUGUGAGCAAGAACACUAAUACUGAGGCUGAUGCCACACCGAAUGUUGUAAAAGUCGAGAUAUCCGGCCCAGGACUACCCACCUUAUCGUUUUUCGACCUUCCUGGUAUUAUUGCUAAUACUCCCACGAAUGAUCAAAGAUAUCUGAUCAAGUUUUUUGAAAACAUCGCCAAAAAAUACAUCCGAGCUCCCAAUACUUUGAUCAUCUUCGUCAUGACCAUGUCUGUGGAAGCAGUUUUAUCGAAAGCAAAAGCCCUAAUUGAGGAAGAACGUGCUACUAAUCGUUGUAUGGGCGUCCUAACAAAACCCGAUACACUUGUGGAGAAGGACGGUACUAAGGAUUGGGAGAAGAUCUUGGAUGGUGAAGAGCAUCGUUUAGGCCAUGGAUGGCGUGUAACUAAACAGCCUGGACCGAACUUUCAAGCGACUGAGAAGGACUUCCAUCUCCAAGCAUGUGAGGAAGAGAAAGAGUUUUUUAACAACAACAAGUUGUGGCAAGGCCCAUGGUCUAAGUACAAAGAUAGAUGUGGAAUUCCCAAAAUUCAAAAAUCACUUUCUCGCUUUCUUGCCGAAUCAAUCCGAAAAAGCCUGCCUGAUAUAAAGAUGAAGGUUCAUAAGCGUAAGGCUACCAUCACUCAAGAGCUCCAGGGCCUGCCCGAGGUACCCAAUGAAAAUGUGCAACUUCAUGUAACUCGUCUUCUGCGUAACUUCAGUCAGAAUGUGGAAAGGAUGAUGAAUAGCGAACAAAAUUUAUCCGAUACAACUUUCCAUGGAUCUUGGACCAAACUUUCUCGCCAAUUUCACGAGUUGAUAUUACACAACAAGCCAAAGAUCACCCUCGCGGAUAAAUCGGAUAGAUUGAUGGUUGAAGUUAUCGAUCUUGAGAACGAAGAUGGUGAAAGUAAGCAAGAGCCUGUACCUGAAAUUUGUAAAAAACGCGGAUACAAUCAGAUGGUCAACGAAGACGGAUCGAAUUCAGGCGACCAAACACCAAGUACUCCUUUUGGGGUCAAAUCGGAGACUCCCAUCCCUCAUACUUCACGACAGAUUGCCAAUUACCAAAACCAUACUUACAUGGGCCUCCCUGAUAUGGUCAACACACCAGUCUACAAACAUUUCUGUCAAAAGGCUGUUCGUGAUUGGAAGCCUCCCGUCCAACAACUGCUUCAUGGAGUUAUUGGUCUGUUACGAUCUGAGAUUGAAAAGAGUGCGGAUAGAAUCUUGGGUCCAUUCAGACAGACGGAUCUUUACAAGCAAUCCAUCAUCAUCCUUCGAGGAUGGAUUGAGGAGCUUUCCAAGGCACAGCGAGAUGCACUCGAUGAACUGUACGAGCUCGAAACGUACAGUCCUUUCACCACGAACCAGGAAGAGAUCCAGAAGACGAAACAAAGUGAGAAGUUGGGUCUUCAAAAAGUUCGUCACAAAAUUCGUGCUACUCGUUUUAUCGAUAAAGAGAUAUAUAUCAAAUCCAUAAAAUUAAAGGCGAAGGAAACCGACGGAGAAAAGGCCUGUCUCGCGGAGAAGAGGAAGCACGUAGAAACGGUCAAGCCUGAACAAUUGGGGAAGGACAACUUCCAAAAUGAAAUUGAUGUCGCAGCCUACCUCCGAGCAUACUAUAUUGUGGCCGGUAAAAGAUUCAUUGAUAGUACUUGUAUCAGUAUUAACAACCGUUUAUUUCGCCAUGUCAAAGACAACAUCACAGAUCUUCUCGAAACCAGACUAGGUGUUAACCACCCCCAAAAUGGUCUUAACAAAUGUGUAGAACUUAUGGAAGAAAAUUCCGAAAUUGGUGCAAAACGUCAAAAGCUCCAAAACGAAUUGAAGGAACUCGAAGCCUUUGAAGUCAGGUUUGGGCAGCUUAUCAAAGACAGAAUCGGAGAUGAUGAGGAGUCUAGUACCACACCUGCGGUUGAGGAGGAAAAUAAUCGAUCGGAGAGUGAGGGUCUCGAGCAUUCAGGAUACCGUCAUCAAAGCCCGGUCUCAGAUUUGUUACAACGUCGCCGCGGCAUGCACAAGCAUGACGAUGACAAGCGCGAGGCUGAGAAUGUCGAUUUAGCAGAUUCUGAGGCUUGA